GUAAUUACUGGGGUUCUAGUCAGUGUAGAAUUCUACCCAGGAGCCAGCACCUGGACCUAUAUAAGUCUCUGGGCUCAGCUCCCUCUUCGUCUCUGCAACUCACCUGGCUUCAGUCAUGAGGAUCCAUCACCUUCUCUUUGCGUUUCUCCUGGUGCUGCUGUCACCUCUUGCAGCUUUCACCCAAAGAAUCAACAAUCCAUUAACUUGUUUCACCAACGGAGGCAUAUGCUGGGGUCCAUGCACUGGGGGUUUCCGGCAGAUUGGCAAUUGUGGCCUCCCUAAAGUCAGGUGCUGCAAGAAAAAGUAAACAAGAAGACCAAGAACCAUUGAGACAAAUAAAACUCCAGAGUUUGUUCCCUCAUGAAGAUGCACAAAAGCUUAAAACAAAUUAAAGUACUUUGCUUAAA